UUUGCCGUCAAGUGCGUCACCACCUGCCUGGUCAGGCGUGGAAUAUUAUCGAGAGUGCACUCAGGCUACCUGAAAAUGUUGGAGAUAUCGGAUGAAGUGCCUGUCUGUGUUGUCCUUGACAAUGGGUCCCAUACUAUCAAAACAGGAUUUGCUGGGGAUGAUGGUCCAGUUCGGAUAUUUCGUACAGUUAAAGGAACACCAUUGCUUGAGGACCAUAUGAUCAAGGAUAGCUCAAAGAAAAAGUGUUACGUUGGUGAUGAGGUAAUUGCAAAUAUGGAUGUCCUAGACAUUCGAAGACCAAUCGAGCGAGGGAUAGUUACCGAUUGGGAUGCCAUGGAGACAGUUUGGCACCAUGUAUUUGAUGAUAUUUGCGUAAAACCGUCUAACGUAAACGUCCUUGUAACAGAACCACAGAUGAAUCCAAAGUCAAACAGAGAGAAACUGGCACAAAUCAUGUUUGAGAAAAUUCAGCCUCAAGGAAUGUAUAUUUUUAGCUCCAACGUGUUGUCACACUAUGCGUGCGGACGGGUGUCAGGCCUCGUGGUAGAUUCGGGCUAUGAAAUGACAAGUGUUGUGUGUGUGUAUGAAGGCUAUAAAGUUUCUCAGUGUAUCUUCAGAUCCGAUAUCGGCGGCAAUGAUGUUACUAAUUACUUGAUCGAACUUCUUGGAAAACGAGGUUACUCGUUCACUACAGCAAAAGAAAUUGAGGAAGCUAACACAAUGAAGGACAGAUUGGCUUUUGUUGCAGAAAAUCCUGAAGCAGUGGAUGUGGAUUCCAUCACAAAGGAUUAUACGUUAUCCAACGGAAAUACCAUUCACCUUGGUUACGAAAGGUUCCAGUGCGUGGAGGCCAUGUUUAAACCAAAACUGAUUGGAAGUAAUGACUACGGUAUACAUGAACUAGUUUUGAAAAGCAUCAAAAGUUGCCCUUUUGAUACUCGACUUGAUAUCUGCGCCAAUGUUAUCAUUACAGGUGGCAAUACAAUGAUAGAUGGGCUAAGUUCUAGAUUGGACAAGGAAAUUCGGGCAGUAUUGCCUACAAACAUUCGAAUCAAAGUCAUUGCUCCCCCCGAAAGACGCUAUUCAUCCUGGAUAGGAGGAUCAAUUGUAGGAAGUCUAUAUACUGCACGGCAAAUGUGCAUGAGACCAGCAGAGUAUGACGAAUUUGGUCCUAACAUAGUUUACAGACCACAAUUCUUUAAUUAUUGGUGAAUUCCAAUGGCUCUUCAUCCGGGAUUGAAAGAUAUUUGUACAAAUUUGAAACUUUAUUGAUGAUUCAAGGUAUUAGAAAAGGCCAAAAUGGAUCAGUUGUAUAAUUGACAUACAAGGAACAAAGCGUGAUAUAAUGGAUACUAAUACAAAAGAAUCACUUAAGUGCUUACCUACAGCUGUAUUUUCGGCGUAUGUGGAGUAGAACACCAGUUCCCUAUUCAGGAAGUGUGAGAUGGUGCCUGCGCUGUAUUUAUCAAGUUGGGAUGUGGACACAAUGCUGCUUAGUGCCUUUCACAUUUGCUCCUGUUGUAUAUACAAUAGAUGUAUAGAAUAAACAUGCACACAAAAAAAUUUACAUAUCACCUUAUGGUUUGUUUUACCGCUAUUUAUGGCGUCUAGUCUGAGAACCACUUUUUCAACCGACGCAAUAGUGCAAUAUUUUGGGCAAUGGUGCUAAAUGUGACUAUAGAAUCAAGUUGGUUGUCUUGAUCUGUCCGUAUAUUACUGUAUUUUUCGUGUUUUCUCAUCAGAUAUUGCCAUAUGGCAUAUUAGUUGUUGAUGUGUUGAUCUGUAAAAACAACUCCUGUUUAUAUUGCAGGAAUGUGAUAUUAUACUAGAUAUACUAGUCUAUGGUUAUGCUUAUAUAUGUAUAAGAACUAAUGUUAUUUAAUGUUGAUCACAGCGACUAAUGCUACCGUGUUUUCUAAAUGUUCAUCACUAAGAGAGUUGAUGAAAAUAGGAAAACAUUUAUGCUAACUAGUACUUUCAAUACGAUAUAGAAAGAGUUAAGAAGACCAAGGUAAUCAGCAUUGAUGAGAAGCCUGAUUGUCAAUAAAUGUAACCACAUCAUUAUUUACGACAAUGUUUCUAGAAAAAAAAUGUAAAUCUUGUAUCAUGGUGUCAGUGUGAAAACAAUGUGGGAUUUUAAAGGUUUAUUUCAUAUAUAUUGGAAAUAAAUAUAUUGAUUUUC